AUUCAGAAUGCUAAAUUCGACAAUCGAUGUAGUUGAGGGGUAUUCGGCCAAAAAAAAUAUACUCUUCCUGUUCACAGAAAAAUCUAUAGCUCCUUUCUCUUCGUACGGACAUAAGAAGAAUCCAUGACUUUCCUGAUGAAAACGACAGGACUGUGAUCAACCUAAUCUCCCUGUUGUUUUUUUUCUCCAAAUGAAAACUACAUUAUCGAGCAUAUCAGCUGCCACGUCCCAACAGAGGGUCCCACAUUCGCCAGCCUCCUCCUCACAACCCAUCCAAGACGUGGGCUCAUAGACCGCCACCCACCGAAUCUCAAAUACACGUCCCAAAUCCCCAAUACUCAAAAACCCCAGGAUUCUGGGAAUCGAGCCAAUUCCUCAAAACGCACCGUCUCACUAGCUUUCCUCUAAUUCCAUGGCCACUGCGGCGCGCGCCAUUCGCUGCGAGCUGAGGAGGCAGGAAAACCCGGCGCUUAGCAGGCGCGACCCGGCGGUUCCUGUUCAGGUACCGGUUUCGAAAACCGUGGUGCCGGAUCCGAAGACCGCGAAGAUCGUGCUGCAGCCGCGGCUCUGCACUCUGAGAUCGUACGGCUCAGAUCUCGCCGGAGUGAUGAGGAAGAAGAAGGACGACACGUCGCCGUUCUUCGCGGCGUUGUCGGAGUACAUCGAGAGCUCGAAGAAGAGCCAAGACUUCGAGAUCCUGUCGGGUCGGCUGGCCAUGGUGGUUUUCGCUGCGACGGUUGCGACAGAGGCGGUAACCGGAAACUCCUUGUUUGGGAAGGUGGAGGUGGAGGGGAUCGCGGAGGCGGCGGGGGUGUGUUUGGCUGCUGUGGCUUGCGCGGCGGUCUCUGCUUGGCUAUCCAGUAACCGGAAGAACGUGGGUCGGGUCUUGAGCUUAAGCUGUAACGGGUUAAUAGAUUCGUUGAUUGAUCAGAUUGUGGAUGGCUUGUUUUAUGAGACUACCGACCUUAGCGAUUGGUCUGAUGAGGUGUGAUGAAGAAAGGUGCCCCGGUGGUCAACGUUUCCGCAUCUGAAAGUCAACGGCAUAGAUUAAUUAAUUGGAAAAUUAUAUGUAUAAUUCCCAUAAUUAAUAGUGAAUGUUAUAGUGAUAUAUCAUAGUAUAAGAUUGAGGAGUGUCGGAUGAAUGGCAAUGGCAUUGAGUUCAUCCUUUGUAGAAUUUUAACCGCUACUGUGACUGAGAUUUGUAGCCAAAUAAAAUCAAAAUAUACCACGUUUGUAUUAUGUAA